ACACACACACACACACACACACACACACACACACACACAAAUACUGCGACACCUUUGGACAGCCUAGAAGGAUUAUUUGUUGGAGCUGCUAGAUCUGCAGGACAUGCUGGGUAUGCCGUGAUUGUUUAGUAUGGUUUAAAAAAAGAAACAAACAACAACAAUCGGUUUUAUGUCAGACCGGUGCACUGCAAAACCACCACUGGAAAACGUAAAAAGGGUGACUACGCCCCCGAACUAACCCCGAACGAUCGCAAGGAUUGAUGACCUACACCUCCCUUCUCCAACCAACUCCCUCCACACCAGUCCCAUGUUGUGUACUAUGUGUCGCCAUCGUUUUAAACAGCGCAUUCGUGCCCUUUGCUCCGGUUCUAGUAGUGGUGAUGGGUCGGCACCAUAGGGGAAUGGGGUAAGAUUCGCGCGUGCGUAUGUGUUUGAGCGGAUGCAGCGUUGGCAGCGGCGAGCCAGACGUCCCAGCACACAGUAUCACGACGGCAGCGUGGUUGAGAUAUAUCGUGUCGUGUGUGCUGUUCCCGCGGGUCAUCGUCACCAUCAUCAUACAGUGUACAUUCGCCGAAAAUUGUUUCUUCCGCGCGGAACCGCGACAAACUCACACAGACAACUUCGGUCCAAUGAAGUGCGCUUACUCCGCAUUCAUGUCCCCGUAAAAAUCACACUAAUCAGUCGUCAGUUGUCUUCCGGUAAGCCUUUCCGAAACGUCAUCCUUCUGGCCAAUAACGGCUUGGAUGGAACCGGUACUGCCGUAGGCAGCUUAAGGCAGGUAACGGUCAGCUAGGAACAAUGCUAGUGCCGCAGGACAUGUUAACCGUGCAGUCGAAGACGAUCUUCCAAAUCAACAAGUACUACGCGGAGAAGGUACAGGUGCGCAUGGGCAACAUCGCCCUAGUGCUGCGCGAGAUUUGCAAAAUCGUUCAGGAGGUGCUGCGUGAGGUAGAGGUACAGGAGCCUAGAUUUAUCUCUAGCCUGGUCGAAUGCAAUGGAAGAUACGAAGGUCUGGAAGUAAUCUCGCCGACGGCAUUCGAGGUAGUACUCUACCUGAACCAGAUGGGAGUAUUCAACUUUGUGGACGAUGGGUCACUGCCAGGCGCAGCAGUGCUAAAGCUUAGCGACGGCCGAAAACGCUCCAUGUCCUUGUGGGUGGAGUUCAUCACCGCGUCCGGCUAUUUGUCCGCCCGGAAGAUCCGGUCCCGGUUUCACACGCUUGUCGCCCAAGCAGUUGAGAAGUGCCCUUACCGGGACAUGGUGAAGCUGGUGCCCGACACGACGGAGGUGAAGCUGCGCAUCCGCGAACGGUACACCGUCCAGAUUACGCCCGCCUUCAAGUGUACGGGCAUCUGGCCGAGGUCGGCUGCCCAUUGGCCCAUUCUCAACAUACCUUGGCCCCAUCCGGCCCUGGUUGCGGAGGUCAAGACGGAGGGGUUCGAUUUGCUUUCGAAGGAGAGCGUUAUCCUGCAGGGCAAGAACGCGAACGUUGAGGGUGACGCCUGGCUGCUACACUUUACCGAGGCGGAGAAUCGGUUGCUGCAGGGCGGAUACCGGAAGCGGUGCCUCAGCAUCCUGAAGACGCUGUGCGACCGGCAUCUAGAAUUGCCCGGUGCACCAAUCGGGUAUUACCAUCUUAAGACGCUGUUGUUGUACGAGUGUGAGAAGCAUCCGCGCGAAACGGAGUGGGAUGCAGGCUGCGUCGCGGAUCGGUUGAAUGGGAUCUUCCUACAGCUCAUCUCUUGUCUGCAAUGCCGCCGUUGCCCGCACUACUUUCUGCCCAGUCUUGACCUGUUCAAGGGCAAAUCGCCGACGGCUUUGGAUAAUGCUUCCAAACACGUGUGGCGGCUCUGUCGGGACAUUCUGACAAGCAGUAAAGCGUUCGAUCGACUGUAAUCGCCAGCAGAAAGUGGUGGACGACCAAAGGAUCAGAGACCAUAUCAGAGCAUGAAUUGACAACAUUCAAUAGCUAAAUCAAACCAAGUUUGAAUGCCCUUGUCAGAGAGCAAACGUAUAUGUGAACGGUAUACGAAUGAUGAUAUAGAGACGAGCUUGGCAGGUGGUUGUAAUUGACUAAUCGUUGAGCAAUAGAGAUGACAUCGUUUGCUUGAUUUAUUUUGUUCUAAGAAUUAUGUCAAAAUUAUUCUUUAGUCAAUGGUCUAAAGUUAAAUUUGAAACAAAGCUGCGGUCACCAUACAACUGGCAAGCAACAAAGUUGCGGACAACUGCAUUAGAUCACGGCCUAAGUGCACGAGGUGUAGAAGAAGUAGUCCAGUGAACGCAGUGUAUGAUUCGUUUCGCUUUGCUUAGUCCCAUCUUUUCUGUGACAUCUUUGUUAGAGGGUGCUGUUUCUAUUUCUAAUCCGAAAUAAACGUAUAAACAAUUCGUGACAAAGUGUGUGAUAUUUGUAAGCAUCAUGUUAUUAAUGUUGCUGUGUUUGCGAUUGUUAGUCAGCUUUUUAUGCUAGAAGACACAGAACAAGUGGAUUUUUUUUUCUUUAUAUAUAUAUUUUUAUUGUAUUGAACAAGAAAAAGCUAUGCAAACCAAAACAACAGAAACAAAUGGAUAAACAUUGGCUCUCUUAAGCUUUUUUUUAUAAAUAAUAGGGAGAGGGGCGGAAACAAAACAUGAACCUGUAAAAUAGAGUAGAGGUUAUAGGUAAAUUAAAUAGUUGAUUAUUAUCAUUAGUGUGGGUUCGGGCCACCAUAAAAAAUAUUUCUUUUAAGUUUA